GGCUCCGUGGUGCUGAGGGACAGCGCCCGCGCCCCCCAUGUCCGCGGCCGGCCGCGCACAGACUCCCGCGCCCCGGGCCCCCCCAGGCCCCGCGGGGAGGCGGCCCCGGCCGCGCCGCGCCCAUGGCGGUGGCCAGGAGGAUCAAAACUUUGCUGACGGUUAACAUCCUGGUGUUCGUGGCCAUUGUGCUGUUCUCCGUGUACUGCCGCCUGCAGGCCCGCUCCGAGGCGCUGGUGCAGGUCGUGCGUGCCGCCGACCGCCGGGUGCGCAACCGGCUUGGCAAGGCUGGAGCGCUGGCGGACCGCGAGGCCAUCCUGCAGCGCCUGGACCACCUGGAGGAGGUAGUCUACAACCAGCUUAACGGCCUCGCCAAGCCCAUUGGCCUGGUGGAGGGGCCAGGUGGCCUGGGCCAGGGUGGCAUGGCAGCUGCCCUGCGGGAUGACAGCCAGGAGGCUGACGGCCAGUACGAGGAGUAUGGCUACAACGCCCAGCUCAGUGACCGCAUCUCCCUGGACAGGACCAUACCUGACUAUCGGCCCAAGAGGUGCCGACAGAUGGCCUACGCUGAGGACCUCCCACAGCUCUCCGUGGUCUUCAUCUUCGUCAACGAGGCCCUAUCAGUCAUCCUGCGCUCGGUGCACAGCGUGGUCAACCACACACCCUCGCGGCUGCUCAAGGAGGUUAUCCUGGUGGACGACAACAGUGACAACGUGGACCUCAAGUUCAGCCUGGACCAGUACGUGCACAGGCGGUACCCAGGGCUGGUCAAGGUUGUGCGCAACAGCCGGCGGGAGGGCCUGAUCCGUGCCCGGCUGCAGGGCUGGAAGGCGGCCACUGCACCUGUCGUGGGUUUCUUCGAUGCUCACGUGGAGUUCAACACCGGCUGGGCUGAGCCCGUCCUGGCGAGGAUCCACGAGGACCGGCGGCGCGUGGUCCUGCCGGCCAUCGACAACAUCAAGUACAGCACGUUCGAGGUGCAGCAGUACGCCAGCGCGGCGCAUGGCUACAACUGGGGCCUGUGGUGCAUGUACAUCAUCCCGCCACAGGACUGGCUGGACCGCGGCGACGAGGCCGCGCCCAUCAGGACACCUGCCAUGAUCGGCUGCUCAUUUGUGGUGGACCGGGAGUACUUUGGGGACAUCGGCCUGCUGGACCCUGGCAUGGAGGUGUAUGGAGCUGAGAACAUUGAGCUGGGCAUGCGGGUGUGGCAGUGUGGAGGCAGCAUGGAGGUGCUGCCCUGCUCCCGCGUGGCCCAUAUCGAGCGCACCAGGAAACCCUACAACAAUGACAUCGACUACUACGCCAAGCGGAAUGCACUGCGGGCUGCCGAGGUGUGGAUGGACGAGUUCAAGUCCCACGUGUACAUGGCCUGGAACAUCCCCAUGACCAACCCAGGGGUGGACUUCGGGGACGUGUCCGAGAGGCGGGCCCUGCGCCAGAGGCUGAAGUGCCGCAGCUUCCGCUGGUACCUGGAGAAUGUGUACCCUGAGAUGAGGAUCUACAACAACACCCUCACGUACGGAGAGGUGAGAAACAGCAAAGCCAGCGGCUACUGCCUGGACCAGGGAGCAGAAGACGAUGACCGGGCCAUCCUGUACCCGUGCCAUGGCCUGUCCUCCCAGCUCGUGCGGUACAGCACCGAUGGCCUCCUACAGCUGGGGCCCCUGGGCUCCACCGCCUUCCUGCCUGACUCCAAGUGUCUGGUGGACGCCGGCCGGGGCCGCACGCCUGCUCUGCGCAGGUGUGAGGAUGUAGUGCGGCCUGCGCAGCGGCUAUGGGACUUCACUCAGGGUGGUCCCAUUGUGAGCCGAGACACGGGCCGCUGCCUGGAGGUGGAAGUGUCCAAAGAUGCCAACUUUGGGCUGCGGCUGGUGGUGCAGCGGUGCUCAGGGCAGAAGUGGACCAUCCGGAACUGGAUCAGGCACGGGCGGCACUGACCCCAGCUGCCGGCCCCUCACCCCACAAGCCUCAGG